AUGCUCUUACUGCUGGAAUCAAGCCACGUCCCUGCGGCGGCGAAGACUCGCAUCGCAAGUUACCCGGACUUGCCAACGGAUUACUCAUUGCACGGACCAGACUUGCUCGGCAGCACCCGCAGCAAGAGCGUUGCUGCGGGCCCCGGAAGGCUGAAGUCGGAUCGCGAAGGCAUCACCUCUGCCGGCAGCUCCGGCUCCACCACCUGCGACAAGUGCGAUGGCAAGCACCCGACGGAUAGGUGCCCGCACUUCCAGAAAGAUAGAGAGAAGCACAAGGACGCCUGGGUGAACUAUGGCUGUAAGAACAAUCCGCAUCAGAUGGGAGGCAACCCGGGCAACUUUGUGCUCAGGAAUGCACGCGUCAUUCGCCAACCCGGAGACGGCAGCUGUCUGUACCACUCCCUCAGCUACGGCCUGGGUAACACCGAUGCUAGAAGCUUGCGUCGAGAGCUAGCGCAGUUCUUGCGCGAUCGACCUGACCUAGAAAUUGCCGGGGAUACCUUGGAGGAGUGGGUUCGGUGGGACUCGAGCUCCUCCGUUGAGACGUACGCCAGGCGUCAGAGCAUGUCUGGUUGGGGAGGCGGCAUCGAGAUGGCGUGCUGCUCACACCUGAAAAACGUCAACAUCCACGUCUACGAGAGCGUCAGCAGGAUCUCCUCGGCCUUCAAGCGCAUCUCCUGCUUUGAUGCCCCCAAGCAGGAUGGAUUUGUUCGUACUGUCCAUGUACUUUACCAAGGAGGCCUUCAUUAUGAUGCCUUGCUUCCCACGUGA